CUCGAAACAAAGGACUGUCCGGUAGGGGACUCGGCGCGGCGCCCUCGGACGGCCAGCUGAGCCGGAUUGAGGCGCGUGGACCCCCCGGCGCCCUCGCCACGCCGUCUCAGUCGGCUGCUCCCCGGUUCCCCACAGGCAUCGUCGCGGUGGGGGACCCGGCGCAGCGGCACCUGCUGCUGAGGGACCCCGCGGCCCGUCGAGGUGCUCAUGAUGGGGCUGAUCUUCGCUAAACUGUGGAGCCUCUUCUGUAACCAAGAACACAAAGUAAUUAUAGUGGGACUGGAUAAUGCUGGGAAAACCACAAUUCUUUAUCAAUUCUUAAUGAAUGAAGUGGUUCAUACAUCUCCAACCAUUGGAAGCAAUGUUGAAGAAAUAGUUGUAAAGAACACUCAUUUUCUCAUGUGGGAUAUUGGUGGUCAAGAGUCACUGCGGUCAUCCUGGAACACGUAUUACUCAAACACAGAGUUCAUCAUUCUUGUUGUUGAUAGCAUUGACAGGGAACGACUAGCUAUUACGAAAGAAGAAUUAUACAGAAUGUUGGCUCAUGAGGAUUUACGGAAGGCUGCAGUCCUUAUUUUUGCAAAUAAACAGGAUAUGAAAGGGUGUAUGACAGCAGCUGAAAUCUCUAAAUACCUCACCCUUAGUUCAAUUAAGGAUCAUCCAUGGCACAUUCAGUCCUGCUGUGCUUUAACAGGAGAAGGGUUAUGCCAAGGUCUAGAAUGGAUGACCUCCCGGAUUGGUGUGAGAUAACUUUUUUGCUCGAAAGAGACUGCUCUAUUUAUUCUGUGACAUGAACAUUUUUUCCUAGUACCUUUGGCUGCUAAGGCAGCAGCAUGUUUAAUUUAUAACAACACAAACCUCUAUGAGCAACACUUGAAUCAAGUGCAGCUGAACUGGAACAUAAAAGAUGUUUUCUUAACUUUUUUUUUAAUGCACUAAUCUUCAGUUGGAUGAACGUAAUGUGUAACUAUGUUUUCAGCAACAGAAUUCUUCUGACUGCUUAUUCUAAUUUUUCAGUGACUGUCUUGUAAGAAAUGUUUGUCAUAUGUUUAUUGUUUUCUGAAGUAUUGUAAUAACUUUAAAGACCAAUAUAUUUUAUUUCUUGACCACCCCCUUUCCACACCAGAUAAUGAAUGACUGGUUUGACAGAGGAAUAGUGGAAAGCAUCAGGUCUGUUGGUGAACUUAACCAGCGCAAAACAUUUGCCCCCUUCUCUAAACCGCUUAUCUUUUGGACAGAACUUGUCAUAGGAAAAGAAAAAGAAAUCUAUCUAGAAGAUAUAUAUGUAUAUAUAUGGAAGAUUAAACAUCAUGAGAACUGCCUUUAAAUAAGUUAACUUCCCCCACAUAUUAAAAGUGAUGGAAUAAUUUUGCAUUACUAUUAGCAUGGAAAUUAAGUAGCUGUUUAUCUAAAGGAAUUUAAUUCACUUUUCUGCCUACAAAUUGAGAUUAAUUUUGGCUAAAAAUUAAUCAAGGUAAAGUAGUUGAAAGUUCAGCUUUCAUGGUGAAUAUUUUAGGUAAGUCUGAUAUUUUAAAUUUGUCAUGUUUUGUGGAGAUACCAAGCAUUAUUAAAACAUACCAGCACUAAAUUUAAAAGUCACUGGUAUAUAUUUUAAUAUCAAUUGUUAACAACUAUUUUCAGCAAAAAAUUCAAAUAUUCCUUAUAUGAGGGACAUCAUAUCUGCUUUGGGCAGUAGCUAAAGCAGAUGUAUAAACAGUUCAUUUCAUUUCUUAAAAUUCGAACUUGUGUCUAUAAUAGCAUUUCUACCACCAGUAGUAUAUUACUUAAACCAUAAUGACUUCCCUUAAGUCCUCUUGAGGUUUUAGUGUAAUAAAUAGUCCUGAUACAAUUGCCAUGAUUAGUUAUGCCUCAUGUUAAAAAAUCUUUUCUUGAAUUAUAGGAAAUUGCUGAAUUUAAUCUUAACUUUUAGAAUACUUCUAUGAGACUCAAAAUUAAUAUAGUAACAAUUUAUAAAUUUUAAAGAAAGUAAGAAAAAAGAUCAUAUUCCAUCAAAAGUUUAUUUAUUGGAUAGCAUUAAAAAGUUUUCAAGGCAGUUGAAACAAUAAAUAGUGAAUACCUUAAGAGGGAAGGAGGUGUUAUAAUUUUGAUCCUUUUUACUUCAAGUGUGUGAUGUUUAUUAUAAUGAAAGGGAUAAGAUGCAUACUUAGGUAAUAGUACUUCAUCCUUACAGUAUUUUUUUCAUUUGGGUCAAAAAUAGGAUUUAGUGUUCAUGAGAGUAUCAAAAUACCUGUUCAAAAUUGGUAUUUUAAUUAAGAUAUUUUAUUAUAAGUUGGUUUAAAUUUUGCUUAGUUUUCAGGUAUAUUUGAUUUAUUUAGUCUAAUUAAUUUAGUUGAAUGUGAUAACAUUUAUCUGAUUUCUGUUUAGUAGUAACACACCCUAGAACUGAAAAAUGGCCAGAGAAAAACUUUCUGACCUUGAGAACUAGUUUAUUAGUUUUGUUUUGAACCUUUUUCUUAGUGGUUCUAUACCAUGUAGAGGAUACAUUUUUUUUUCUUUUUCAUAUACACCAUAAUCAAGGAUAUGAAAGAAAAGCAGAUAUGAAUGAAUAUGAAUGCUCUGUGGUGUGUAUGUGGUGACUGGAAUUAGGAAAAAACAUUUUACCUAAAGCACACCUUGCUGAAAUUUCUGUCUUGGUUAUAUAGUUUAGCCAAAAUACUGAAGAUAGUUCUCUUAACCCUGUUCUGGGGGGGGAAAAAAAGCAUGUUUAAUAACUCCUAUAUACAUUCUUAUUAUGAAAUUUAUCUUCCUAUAUCUAAUAAGAUUGGCUGGCUCAAUUUUCUUCUAUUGAAUUAUAUAGUUAUUUUUUAUAGUACCACAUCAGCAUUAUAUUGAAAGUGUUUUUAAUAGUUAAUUGUAUUUGUCAAACUAUUAGUGUAGACUCAAGUUUGCUAUUUAAUUUUUAAAAUAACUUUUAUUUUAUAAAUCCUUUUUUAAAAAAAUUUUAGUUUUGGAUUAGAAAUUAUUUAUGUUGGUUGGUAUUAAAGAUGAAAUUGGCGUCUAACUAGAGUUUGUAUCAACAAUUGGGAAAAGUUUAAUUAGGAAAUUCAUGUAAGACUUUUUAAAGUAUUUUAUAGGUUCUCAUUGGGUGUUUCCUGUUACGGUAAUAUGAAAACUGAUUAUCUUUUACUCCAAGAGAAUGUUUUUGACCCAAGGACGUAUCUAAUACUAAAGCAUUGAUUCUGAAACUCACUGUAAAUCAGCCAACUAACUGUAAAAAUGUAAAUUUUUACUGAUGAAAAAUGUAAAUUUAUGAUUAGUGCCUUUUAUUCAUGUUUUGAAAUCAGUUCUCAAUUUUGUACUGUGCCUGUUCUUUAGAAGUCAUAUUACCAGCUAAUUAACAUUGAAAUAAUUCAAGUUUCACUACCCUUCAACCCCUUUAUUGCCUAACAGUCUAGUUAUUAGUGAUGAGCAAUGGACCCACCCACAUUACUUCUAGUAGAUUAUUUUACAUUUGCUUUCUUUUUUUUUUUUAAGAUUUAUUUAUUUCUGCAUACAAGAGCUGGGGUACAGGUCAGAGGCACAGGUGGGUGAGAGGAUUCACCAGAGACAGAGUGGGAAACAUAACAGGCAGAUUGACCUGAGUGCACUGCUGUGGGAAGCAGCGGGCAAGUCAGGAGAGGUCUGCUGCACCAUGUGGGUUGCUCCCUGGCUGGCUGGGAAUUGAACUGCUGCAGUGGCUGUGGAUAGCUUCAUAGGUUGCAUCUUAACCCUUGCGUUGCCAGGGAGGCCCCUACAUUUGCUUUAUUUGAGGGUAAAGAAAUUAAAUUUUGACCAAUUUUUUCAAUAUAACUAAAAUGUAACUGCUACCCUUGGUGAGUUCAAGUAAGGCAUUUUUCUUAAUUUCGAACAUACAGAAUUCUUUAUAUUUAAAUGCAUCAUUCUUAUUGAAGCCCAUUCAAAAAUUCAUAGAAUUAACAGGCCCUUUUAUAUGGUAAUAUACUACAUAUUUUGUAUUGUUAGUGUAAUUUAAUUUCUUAAAAUCUGAAAUUAUAGAUAAUCUACUGAAAAACUGACAUAAUUUUUGCUUUUAAGUUCUAUGUUGGUAUGCUUAAAGAUGUGAUUUUAUUCUAUAUUCAUUAGAGGAAAGAUAGUAAGUUCUAAUUUCAUUGUUAAAAGUAAUUUUUAAUUACAUAUCACCUUUAUAUCCAUAGCCAUUUUUGGUUAAGCAUAAAUUAAAUUUCAUUAUCUAUAGCAAAAAGAGAAAAUAAUUAUUUUCCUAUGGAAACAAUGAGUUUGGAUUAUAUAGGCAACAUUAUAAACAAUAUUCUCUAAAGAGUUAUGCAGAAUCACAAAGCAAAUGAAAUUUUAAAGAAAUUAAGAGCUUUAUUUUUUCAAAAAAUCUUUUUGGUGUAGUUUCUUAGGACCAAUUAUAAACUUACUUGUUUCUAACUAGCUCUCUCACUUAAUACUUAACUAUGUAACACCCUAUCAGUAGGAAAAAAAUGUACUAGUAUUACCUACAAAUGCAUAACUUCCUUUGAUACUUAACUUCAAAGACUAAUUCUAUGAAUCUAAUAAAUGGCUUUAAAUCCAUUUCUGUUUUAGACAAUAUCAUAUAUUGCCAAGGUAAAGUCACUUCAAGUUGCAGUGUGGUAUCUUGUAUCUAGUAGAACAUUGUGCUGGCUAGGCUAAAGAAGUGGCUGUGAAUCUUUAUUUGGCCGUUGUUUGUCCAGUUAAUCUUAGACAGUUACUGUCCUUGACCUUCCUAUUGUUUUUGCCAUAUUGAGGAACUUCAGCAAACUGGAGUUCUAGCAUGUUUUUGGGUUUUAAAAUCUUGAAUCCUUAUGUACACUUAUUAAAAUUGAAAAUACUAGGGAAAGACAUGUAAUAUAAAAUUAAAUUCAGAGUCACAUCUCCACUAUCAUUUCAUUUAGCACAUGAAAACAAUCAAGAAAAGGAAGUAUCAUUUAUUUAUUGUUGCUUAGUGUAAACUAAGCUAAUAGUUAAUGGCAAUGCAAAAGAGAAAAUAAGCCAUAUUGCUAAGAAAAUUAUGUUAAGCUGCUCAUAAAAUCUCCAUUGUGUGUUGUAAAUACUGUCUGCUAGAGAAUACCUUGCUUAUUUUCCUGGCUUUUGCUUAAUUAGAUGAUAGUGAUCAGUUUGUUUAGAAUUUAUUGGCUUUAAAUGCCACCCAAAAUUCCAGUUUUUUACCUUUCUAGUAUUGAAAGAAUAAUACAGUUAGGAAGUCAAUAUUUUACAAAUGUCUGUAUAAAUCUGAAAGUAAUUUAUAUUUAAGAUUAGUUUUUUCAAAAAACUCUUUAUUCAGCAUUACCAUGAACACUGAAAUCUAAAAGCCAGGUUCCCAAAAAGUAUUUUUUAAGAGUUCUAGGUGUCCAAAGCUAAAGUAGAAGCCAAUAAAAAAAAUAUAUUUUUCACUACUCUUUUAAAUUUGAGGUAGAAAAAAUAUGUGUUCAACAGAAUUCAAUUUUACAUGUGGUUUUGGGAAAUGUUGUAUAUGGUUUUGGGAAAUGUUAAUUUGAAGGUUUUGAGGUAUACCUAGAAAUAAAUCCUAGAAUACUUGAAGAUAAACAUGGGGUAGAAAAGUCUUCAGCAGGAUAUUAAGUAAUAGAAAAUAUGAUUGAAAACAAUGGAUUACCCCAUUUAAGGCACCUAAAACCAAUUUUUUGUAGUAGACCUGGAUGGCCUAUGAAUUUUAAUGUGGCCAAAGGACUGACGACUAAGCAGGUUUUCAGAAUUUAGAAGUGUAGUCAUAGAAAGACAUGUUUUGCAUUUUUUUAAAUCAUUAGAGUCUACAUUUUCUCAUAGAAAUCAAGAGGUAGUAAAAUGUACUGUGCAUGACAUUUGGAUAAAAAAACCAUUCGAGAAGAAUGGGAAUGUUCUCUUGCAUAAACUUGUAAAAUUUUAAUUGAAAAAUUACCUCAUUUUCAAUCCAUAAGGUGCUUUACUCAAGUUUGUGGGAUGUGGUACCACCCCAUAAAUAUCCCCGUCACCCAAACUGUAUUUUGAAAUAUGCAAAAUUCACAGCUAAGGGAUAGCAUUCUGUGGGUAUUUUGUUUUGUUUUAUUAUUGUUUACCACCAGCAGGGCUAACAUUGAGUAGCAGCGCCACAAAUUGUCUUCAUUAAAGCACAGUCAAUAAUUAAUACAAAUAAGGAAAGGAAAAGUCCUAAAGUUUGAUUGAUUAUAUAUAUUAUACUGUGAAUAUAUUUCCAUCAUUGUUGAUAAGGUAUCAAAUGACUAUCUGUUGAUCUUGGUUUUGUUAUAUUUCCUUACAUAUUUUGGCCCUAUUCAUAAACACUAUAAUCAUUUUAAUCUUAGAUUUUUCCCUCAGGAAAUGAAGGGACUUUACAGCCCUUAUUUUGUUCUCUUGGAGUAAACUGCUCAGUGUCAUUAUGAAAACUUUUCAUUUUGGUUUUUAAAAGUUUAGCUGCUAUCUCAUUAAAAGUGAAAAUAAUGAUUACAAUUUUCUUCAGUUAUGUAGUAGUUAUGAAUUUUACUUCAUUCAUCUACUGCACAGAGCAUGGUCUUAAAAAAAUUAAAACGAAAAGCAGUUACAACCUUGCUCUUGCUCUUGCAUGUAUUCUAAUCAGAAUAUAUUGAUUAUAAUUACACAUUGCCAUCUUAACAUUAAUUGGUGCUUUAGAGCAUUUAAGAGGAAACAGCAGGCCCUGUAUAAUAUACUUAUAUUUUCAAAAUGUAAAACUACUUCAUGUCUAUAUUUACAUUUAUGUUUAUUUCUUAAGUUUAAAUACAAACUUUAGACACUCUAUAGAAACUGUAACAAUGCCUUAGCUAAACAGCUUAGUCAAAUAGAAGAUGGUGUUAAUAAGGCCAAAACUGUAAUUCGAUCUCUGUAAGUCUCCUAGUAUUAUACAGAGGGGAAAAAAUAUCUUUCAUGCCACAAACUGCUGCUUAAUCCCAACCAACCAACUGAAAUGUGUGCUGUUGAUCCAAUAGAUAAGCAUUAAUAAUGAAAAUUUUAAAAGCAAACAAAUUACUUAAUGUAUUCAUAUCACUUCUUGAAAUGGUUCAAAGCAUGUUUUUCUAGUGGUGGGAUUGUUUCAAAAACAUGUUCUAAAUUUUUUAAUAGCUUCAUUAUACUAUAACAAAAAGCUUUUAUAUAUUAUAAGUUUAGGUUGCUGGUUCUCGUAAUUUUUUUUAUUUCUGCAAGUAUGUUAUAAUGAGUUGAUUGCAUGCCUACUUACCCAAGUUAACAGGAUGCUGUUUGCUCUGGAAUGUUCAUCUUUUAGACAGGUUUUGGUUCUUUUGCAAUCAUGGUGCAAUACAGUGUAACAUUCAUUUGUUUUCAGUCAACAGUUUUUAUUUUGUCAUAAUAAAUAAUUACUUUUUCAAUAAGAAGUGAACCCAUUGUUUCUUUUAAAGACAGUCUGUUUGAACAGCCUUUUUGUUGCAAGUGAUUGAAACCUAUCUAAGGUAACAGGGAAUUAUUUGGUGUUCAGGGACCCCAAGUUCAGAGAUAUAACUGGAUUUCUGGACUAGUCUGGAACCAGACACCCAGGAGCACUAAAGCGAAGCCAGUAAAUUGUCUUUUUCCUGCUGGAAUUGAGAUUAAACAGCUAAAUUAUUCUCAGACCCUAGAGCACAAAAGCCAAGUUAUCUAAACUUCUCUGAGUCUUGAUUUUACAAAUAGAGCCUGGAAGUUAUCAGCCAGUGAUCCAACCUGAGCAUGUUCAGAUGUGUCUGACCUUGGCCUGAACCCCAAGUUGGCCUACACAGAAGAGGGGGCUCCACAGAUACGAGGAUCCCACCGACAGAUUUCAAACUACGGUUAUCUGAAGAAAAAAACUUCAUACUGUUAGCAGGUUGCAUAAGAACAAUGGAAGCAUACUCUUAUUAGUGUGAAAGAUCUUUAAUAGAAUUGGUGUGCCUAGACAGAGAAGAAAAGAAAUGAUAUUCUUUAAAAAGCAUCGGAAAUUACCCAUUCCCUGGUGGGAAAAUGCCCAGCCAAGUGGGGUUGGCCCAAAGCUGCCCUGCUGAAGCCACAAAUCUAAGCAUCUUCAGACAGAGAACCAUGAGGAGGGGCAAAAGAGGCCAGGCAAGUCCCAGAAUAAAGGAACAAAAUCAAAAUACAAAUUGAGAUUUUGUCCACUAUUGUCAGCCUCCCCAUGUGUCUCACAAAUCUCAGAAGUGUCUACAUGUCUCCUCCAUGGGUUUCCUUCCAUGUCUCCUUCCCAGUAGCACCAGGGUACAAAUUGGUUUGAGGAUCUGCUCACUGAUUGGAAGCUCUCACCCGGGAGCUGAUAAUUGCAAGAUAAGGCUCAAUCUUGGGGUACAAAACAACAGAGUUAAUAAAGGGGAAAUUGGGGGAAAGGGAAAAUGUUUCUAAGAGCACAACUGGCUGGCUCUUACCCAGUCAGUAUCCACAGCAUCCAAUAAGAGCAGCUGCUCUUAGAAAAUGGUGCCCCUCCAAAGGGAGCCUGGAAUGGGUGGAAUAACGGUAUGUGGUGAAACAGGAUCCCACUAACCUGCGGCAGCUGGGGGUAGUCGCAGGUGGCACUGCUGAGGCAAUGUCUCCUGAAGCAUAAGUCGCAGGCUGAGGUCUCCCUGAGACUGAGACACUUCAAACUGAGUUCAUCCUCGCAACUGACUGAAGCCUUUCCAAGCAGGCUCUGCUUAUAUCCCCCUUCAGAGUACCCAUCUUUCAAACAUGAUUGGUUCAUUUUCCAAACUGGCUGUUUCCAAGACUUACUGGUGCUGGUAUAGCCUUCGACCUAAUUGGUGCUUUUGAGACCUUGGACCUUGUCAACUAGAUUGCCCGGCACCUCCUCCUCCUUGCCUAUUUCUCUGAAAUCCUGCUGAUGCAGACCCUAAUUUAGCCUCUCCUUCCUUACUACUCCCCCAUGUAAGUCCCCGCAUCUUCCCUGGUUGGGAAAUGGCUUAUGCAACAGUAGACAGCCAUGCCCACAGGUUUGCUGGCACCAGAUUACACUUGACUUUUCAACUCUUGUCUCGAGUUUUGGCAUAUAAGUGGAAGUAGCAGAACCCCCAAAACUCCUGUAACACCUUAGCUGGCAAAGAAAGUUUAGAUUCAGACCUUGUUACUGCAAUGGGCUUUUUGGUGAAUUUAUAACUUUCAUAAACUGAAUCAAGCUGUGUGUAAUUAAUAAAGUGAGCUUAGGCACCCAGCUCUUCUCAUUGUCCUUGUGGUCUCCUCAGUAUUCCUCCCUGGAAACGGGCAGUUUCAUAUAGUUACAGCUACCACUCUGAUUCACCAGUAUUUAAGACCAUCUUCCACCUCCAAGAGCUUCCCAAGAUGACCUUAGGGCUGUGGCUGAUCCUCAAAGAACUCACAGAAAUUCCCAGUGGUGAGUCUGCAGUGUUGUGAUAAGGAGAAAUGUGACAAGGGAAAAGGCUUUGACCUCCCAUUCAUCAUGUCCUUUAUCUCCUGAAGCCUGUGGCUUAGAGACUGCUCAGAGAUGAGCUAAUGAGGAAAAACAAAGAAAACAAAAGAACUGAUAAAAUUUUACCCAAUGGUAAAAUCCUCGCUGGCAAAGGAUGUUAAUGCCAAUGAAUUUUAACUUCCAUUGACCCCAAAGGAUUCCCUGUAGAUGAGCCUCUGCUUUUCUGUUGUGAUUUCCUUAGUAUUAUCUUUCACCAAGAGACAAAUUUUGAUGCAUUUUGCUUAUGGGAGAAAUUGAAUACUGCUUUUGAAGUAAGAGGAACAAUCUGAGUAUGUACCCAUGAAGGUGAGAACUAAAAAACUUGCUGCAUAUGAGAAGCACAAAGGGGGGAAAAGGGGCAAGAGCUUAAGUGGGUCAGUGAGGAAGAUGUUUGGGUAAUGAGUCAGGGGCAGACAGGACUGAGGGCUCAGACU